CUGUUUAAUGCAGGAAGAAGGAGAGUUGUGGGGGAGACAUGAUGGAGCGCUACAGGCACUUACACAGGAUCAUUCUCAUGGUUGUUCUGCAAGGGGGGUUCCCAGGUUCGUACAGUCAGGAUUGGGCCAUUACCCUCCCUGAAUCCAUCAGAGCAUUGAGAGGAUCCUGUGUGGAGAUUCCCUGCACAUUCACCCUCCCCAGGGGCAACAAGGGCUUCAAUCUGAUUUGGUACAGAGAAACAAAGCAUUCGAGCAAUAUAAUAUUUAGCCAACAGGAUCCCUCUGAUGUGAGUGAGGGUUACAGAGGCCGCACUUCCCGGGUCGGCAAUGAGCCAAACAGCUGCUCCCUGAGGAUUAAUGAUGUGCAAGAAAGUGGCACUUAUUAUCCCUAUAUACAUGGGAACUGUGAUGUCAUCAGUGAGUGUCAGCGAGUGAGAGUUCAAGUCUCAGAUUCUCCUAAAAAUGCAACAGUUAUUAUAUCUGAUGGGAAGAAGGAAAUGAAAGAAGAUAAAGCCAAAAAUGUCACAAUAAAAGGAAAAAAAGAAGUGAAGGAAAGAGCAGCCCUGGAGCUUGAAUGCCAUUUCUCAGACUAUAACCCACCAACAACUCAGUACAGCUACAGCUGGUAUCUAAAUGGGAAUCCUGUGAAUGGGGAGACUGGCAGAAUAUUACAGAUAAAUAACAUUACAGAGUCCCAUUCUGGCACCUACAGCUGCAAUGUGCAGAACCGAGCGGGACGUUCCAAUUCCACAGGCUUUGCUGUCACAGUCAUGUAUUCUCCUAAAAAUGUAACAGUUGUUAUAUCUGAUGGGAAGAAGGAAAGGAAAGAAGAUGAUAAGGUGCGUUUAUCCUGUCUCAGUGAUGCCAACCCUGCUGCAGACAACUUUAUUUGGUACAAACACGUGAGAAAUGAGCCUAAAAAACGGAGACCUGAGCAAAGGCAGAAUAUAACUGUGACUGUGGGGUGGGACAGAGAUAGAUUCUCCUGCAUUGCAAGGAACCCACGGGGACCUGGAAAGUCCAAGAUUUUGGAGCUGCAGGUUUUAUAUAAAGCCAAAAAUGUCACAAUAAAAAGAAAAGAUGAAGUGAAGGAAGGAGCAGCCCUGGAGCUUGAAUGCCAUUUCUCAGACUAUAACCCACCAACAACUCAGUACAGCUACAGCUGGUAUCUAAAUGGGAAUCCUGUGAAUGGGGAGACUGGCAGAAUAUUACAGAUAAAUAACAUUACAGAGUCCCAUUCUGGCACCUACAGCUGCAAUGUGCAGAACGGAGCGGGACCUUCCUAUUCCCCAGGCUUUGCUGUCACACUGAUGUCCACACAGACUGGACUUCCCAUGAGGUUUAUACUCGGGGGUGGAGCUGGUGCUGUAUUUGUCAUACUAUUGGUUCUUGGUCUAUGUUUAGUUCUUAGAAAGUUACAGAAAGGGGAAGAUCGAGGAGGAAGAAGAGCUGAGUCCGAUUAUGAGGAUGUUCACCCCACUGAAAGCCGCUACACAGCCCUGCAGAUGAGAGACAUGUCUGAUGUAACAAAGAAUCCCCAGGCCACCGAGAGUCCCUACACUGCCCUACAGACAAGAGACACAGAUGUGUAUGAAGUAAUCAAGAAAUCUGUACCUCCUGUUGUAAAAUAUAAAAGCCCUAAAUCUAUCAGCAACGUUGAUCCAAAUGACUGCAGCAAGGUGCGGCUACCAUUGAGCUCAUCAUACACACAACCCAAAGCGCUGAGCUUUCCUGACGAUUAUUAG